UCUACUUCCCACAACACCAUGAGAAUAGCGCGCCAAGGGCUUUCCCAAAACAGCACAGAAGCGGUUUUUAUGCCUAAAGAAAACUUAUUAAGUAUAGUUAAGAACGUUUUCUUAAAAAGUUGAAAUUGAAAUCGAGCAACAUAGUUAUCUUGCAUCUUUUUUUUUAUUGGUUCGCUAAAACAACGAAAUUGAGAAAAGCAAAAU